AUGAAGUUCCUGGUGCCACCUUCGACUUACUACAAGCAGCUGCGAGAGAAUCUCGCCAAUUCUAAGUGCGUCAUCAAGGAGGACCUCGACGCGAUUGAAGAGCAAAACAUUCUAAUUGACUAUGAUGACAAUGGAUAUCUUCUGCAGAUUUUUACGCUUCCUGUUCAGGAUCGACCGACGCUUUUUAUUGAAAUUAUUCAGAGAGCGAAUCACAACGGCUUCGGCGCUGGAAACUUCAAGGCCCUCUUCACCGCCAUCGAGCUCGAGCAACUUCAACGAGGAAAUCUGUAA